AUGUCGAGUCUUCAGAACAAUGCUGCCCUGCGGAAAGGAACAAACAGCUGCACAGAGUGCAGACGUCGGAAAGUGCGUUGCGUCCGGCCUUCCGAGGGUUCAGCCUCGUGUCGACAGUGCGAAGAGCGCGGCUCGGCGUGUAUGGCACAGACAUCGGUCCACCGAACGUCACGCACACCACGACUACCAUCGAGAUACCGGAUCUCCCAGCUAGAGUCGCAGGUCUCUCAGCUCACGAAAAUCGUUCACAAUCUGGAAUCCAAGAUUGGAGGCAAGCCGACUCAUAUCAACACACCGGGGAAUGACAAGAGCGACGAUGUUCAGGAUGAAUCCGAUGCGGAGAGCAGUGUAUCAGAGGUUCUCGUGGCGGAUCAACCAUCGCACCUGCGAUCGCUGUUCCAAAACGAGUGGCUUAGUGUUGACACCCGCCGCGAUGAGGCCCAACUCCAGGAGCGAAGAAAAAAGGACAUUGACCUAAUGGAAAUCGCACGACCACGACUGCAAAGCUUGAUUCCCUCCCGUGAGGAGGUUUCCGAGAUUACGAGCUUCGCCUACGACUGGCUUACCAUAUUCCAAGCGAUCCUGCCGCAGCCGUUCACGGUCGAGUCGCGGCAGGAAGUUCUCGAUCGCUAUGAAGAAAUGUGCAAACCCGAAGUGGAUGUCAUUGACCUGGCUUUGUGGCUUUUGACUAUUGCUAUAUCUGUUCAGCAGAUUCCGCAGGGACCGAUGAGCCCUGAGGUCCAGUUUCAAAUGUACCGUAGUCACAUCGAACUGUGUCGGCGGGUUAUAGACACGGUGGAGGACACGCUGCUCUGCCAUGAUCGGUUGCUGGGGACUGUCAAGGGGUUGGGGAUGGUGGUUCAUAUUCUUCGUCUCCGAAUCGGACAAGGAAGUUUCCAAAAAGGCUGGAUACGGCUCCGUCAUGCGAUCGCACUGGCCGAGCUCAUGGGCCUCCCUAAACUGUACAAAGCAGUGAGAUUGAACAAGCUUGGUGAGGUAGUUGAUUCUAUGUCGCAACAUGCAGCACAGCUGUGGGAAUUGAUCUGCAAUGUGGAUAGACUGUUCGGGAUGAUCUUGAACCUACCCCCAGCUACCCGACGCUACCAGCUCACAGUCACAGACCCACUGGUCACGGAUGGUACUGUCAACACUCGAGUAUAUCUGUGCAAAUUGCUAGACAUCGCCGCGCGAGUCUACGACAUGGAAGAUAGUGUAGCCCACGGGUCUGGCGGGAACCUGCAUUUGGAGCUAGCCGGAGAACUCAGCGCGCUCGCAUCCAAGACACCACGGUCCUGGUGGGUGCGCAGGCCCGGUGUAAACGCCCGACCUGAAGAUUUCCUCCAAUUCAUGCACCACUCCAUCGCGAUGAGGAUCCACCUACCACUCGCUCUACAACAAGACUCAGGCGCAGGACACAUGUACAAUCGACUAGCCUGUAUAGACGCCUGCGAUUCCAUCGUCAAGAAUUACGAAUAUUUCAUCCAAACUCUGCCACCCGGGUUCUUCGUAUCGAAAAUGCUAGACCUGCACGCCUUCAUCGCGGCGGUUGUUCUUCUGCUCACGUCUCACAACUCCCCGGCAGACAGAAACAGCUUUCGCAUCGAUAGCAGCCGGCUUCAUGAUGUCGCGAUGGGAGUCGCUGACCUUAUGGGUGAACGCUCCCAGAUGAAGCCUGGCUCGGACUUGGCGCGCGAGGGUCACAACACGCUUUGCGCUUUGAAUCGCCUCCUUCAGCAGGAUUAUGGCACUGCCCGGGAUCAGGACUUGACGCUCAAGGUUCCGCUACUGGGGAAAGUUCAUAUUCGCCGCAAUGCGCGUCAGUCUAGUUCAAAUGACCAACUACCGCCUCAGACGACUAUGACGCCUGGAAUAGAGACGGAUACCACGCGUAGUACAGAGCACAUGCUUACGCCCACUUCGUAUCAAGCUCCGCUGGACUACAACCCAGAUACAAGCAUGCUCAAUACGGAUAUCUCGUCUGACCAGAGACAGUGGAACGGACUGUCGUGGUCGAUUGAGGAAAGCUAUGAGAACUUCUUCGAUAACUCGGCGAUGGGGCAAGAUCUGGGCGAGUCGCCGCUGUGGUUGGAUAUAGCGAAUCCUACUUUGUUUCCUGCUUGAGGGUAUGAUUCUAGGUGUGGUAUUGCUAGUGAUUGCUGUC